AUUACAACUAAAUGCGACAAACCUUUUUUUUAAUGCACACAUUUUGAGAGACCACAAAAACAAACAAAAAAUCAAAGCCAUAAUCAUAGCCGCCAUCACUACUAAAUCUCAGUAAAAAACUAAACCAUCAUAAACUACCUAAACUAUAAACAGAUAUCAAUAAUUGAUAGGUAGUUCCUUAUCACUGCUACUACUACUUGGGUGGGAAAGACAUUUCUAAUUUCUAAUAAUAAUCAUAAUAAUGAUUGACAGCCAACAGCAAAAAGGUAUUGUCUUUUCAAUAGUCAAAUAUCUGGUCAUUGGUUUCUGGAUAUUGCAUAUAAUCGGCAUAUUGUUGCUACUGGUGUUCGGCUCGUUGAUGGUAUCGGCCGCACAGGUAGACCACGACAAUCAUCACGAACUGUUCAAAGAGGAUGUCUUAGAGCAUGGAAAAGAUACCUAUCGUUUUGUUGGCUAUACCGUUAUGGUAGUUGCCAUAAUAUCGUUGCCCAUUGCCAUACUUGGCAUACAUGGCGCCUACAAGGAAAGCCUAAAACUCAAUACAAUUAUGUGCGCCAUCGGUAUUAUUGGUCUGGUAUUGACACUGUUUAGCGGCCAAAUCUAUCGUAUACUAUUGAACGUGUCGUUUACCUGUUUGAUUAUCUACUAUACCUAUUUGAUUAAGAAAUUUCAAGACAUGUCCAUCAAACAGGUGGACAACAAUCCCGAGUUUGGCGGCCAAAUGAUGGUCACUGGCGGUGUGAUUGGCGGCGGCGUCGGCGAGCCUAACGAGAAGACCGGUAUUGCUAUGUAUCCGUAUAAACAAUAAACAGCCAAACCAACAACAAAAACUAACUAACUGUCCAUUUAGUUAUCAUUAAAUGCUAACUAAAUGGUUAUAUAAUGUUGUGUUUGUGUUAAUUGAUUAGUUAACCCAAAAAAAUUUUUUUUGCAUUAAUAGAUCUCAUAAUAUAUUAUUGUUUAUUAUUAUUAUUGUUAUUAUAUAUUAAUAGUUGUUAAUUCUAAACCUAUAACUACCUAUAAAUUUCUAAUUAUCUAGUUAAAUUUUAAAUAUUCAAUUUAAUAUAUAUAUAUACAGUAGCUAUAUAUAUGAUAUA